CCUUCCACCCCUACAUCUUGCCCAGCCAUCUGAUGCCUCGUUCUGCACUGCGGUUCGCGUCCACCCUCCGCGCCGCUACAUUCAGCUUCUGCAAAUUCCCAGAAGACGCAGCUCAGCAGCUCCAGUUCCCCAACCUGCAGCACCUCGCACUUGCAUCAGUGACUAUCUCGGAGGACUCUCUGCACGCCAUGCUGGAUGGCUGCCCCGCUCUGGACAAAUUUGUACUCAGAUACAUCAUCAAUGGGUCUUCACCGGGACCGCAGGUGCCACUUUCUGCCCUGCACGUGUCCAACAUCCGCGUUGCCGAAUUUGGCAGCUGCCAUUUUCCAGAAGCCAUUGUCAACCAGGUCCACUUCCCUAACCUCCAGAGGCUCGUACUUGAAACGGUCACCAUCUCAGAGGGCUCCUUACACGCCAUGCUCUCCGGCUGCCCUGAUCUGAACAGCUUGACCAUGGGUUAUAGCUCUGGCUUCCACCAAUUCAAAAUCAAUGCCCUGAAGCUUAAGUAUGUCGAGAUGUAUUUCCAUGGCUCAUAUGCAGAUAGGCUACAGGAACUCGUUGUUGAGAAUGCCUCUUGUCUAGAAACACUUCACCACAAGGGGCCGUACGAAGACAACAUGCACAUUUCAAUAAUUUCGGCACCAAAAUUGAAGAUUCUUGGCCGCCUCGCUGAUAACAUUUCCAGGCUUGAGCUUGGCACCAAUGUUUUUAAGACACCUACAGCCGGGAAAAACACGCAGCGUCAUUGUUCCCGGGGCCGUAUUGAAUGCCUUAAUCACCACCUCAAGAAAUUACAGAUCAGUUAUUAUUCGGGCAAAAGGUCACAUGUUGAGUUUGCUAAGUUCUUUGUACUGAAUGCGGGUGUGAUAGAGUCCUUGGGGCUUGAUGUUUAUCCUAAUAAACACUUAUCUGGUUGGUGGAUUGAAAUUCAGCGGAGGCAGCUCCGGCCAGAGAAGAGGGCAUCAAUUGGUGCUCAAAUUGAUUUCACUUUUGGUGUUUGUUCCAGUUAUCUUCGUGAUGGUUAGGAGUUUCAGGUCCAUGUUAGUAUAGAUGUUGAAACUAUACUAUUCUUCUUUUAGGAGCUAAUCUUCUAUCCCAUCCAUGUUGUGUUGCAUGCAAACUGUGCUAGUUCUCUUUCUUGUAAUAUAUAUGAAAUCCUGUGUUUUCCUAAUAUAUAUGAAAUCCUGUGUUUUCCUAA